CGGUUGCUUUCCCCAGAGCAACCAUUCGAUCCCUUGAUUCCGUCUCGUCCAUCUGGCUCCCGCUGUGGAAUUCGCAAUUCAUGCUCUGUCGCCUCCCUAUUGUACCUGGGUGUACCUAUAAAGGCCGAAAUGCCCGCAAAACUACUCCGUAGGCCGAUCCAGUAACCCGUCACAUCGAUGUGAAUCGCAGCCUGUGGGGCGUCUCCCGCUGGACCUCGCGGAUACCCUCGGCUUUCGUCGUCCGUCGGUUUAGCGCGAAUGGUAUCUUGAUCGGAAAAUCGACGUUUGGGAUCCUGAACAACAAUUUACCAUUUAGGUGAUAUAUUCGCAAAACGGUUUGGAGGUUGUCAGUAAUCGGUAUGGCAGCAGUAUGCAGGGCGUUACGCCCAUUACGGUCAGAGCUACCUCGAUCCGUUUUCAAGCCCCAGCCUUCCUCAAGAGCCUUCUCGAACUCGAGGGACCUGAAAACAUCAUGGGGAUUCAUUGGUCUGGGAAGAAUGGGAUAUGCCAUGGCCAAGAAUCUCCGAGCCAGGAUUCCGGCUGAGGACGUGUUGAUCAUCCAAGAUAUCAACACGGCUGCAACCAAGCAAUUUGUGGAAGAGGCGGGAAUCCAGAAGAUUAAAGUUGCAGACACCGUACGGCAGGUUGCUGAAGAAGCUGAAACUAUCAUCACGGCACUCCCUGAACCGCAGCAUGUCAAGGCCGUCUAUUCCGCAAUGCUGGAUCCGCCCACUCUUCUCACUAGUACCUCUAUUCAAUCUCCUCGUCUGUUCAUUGAUAGCUCUACUAUCGACAUCACGACCUCCGCCGAGGUCGCCGCGCUUGCCCAGGGAAGCAAGCAAGGCAUCUUUAUCGACGCCCCGAUGUCGGGCGGCGUAGUCGGAGCGCAAGCCGGCACCCUCUCAUUCAUGGUCGGAUGUGAACCGGAGCAUCUGGAGCGCGCCAGCGCAGUCUUGAUGAUGAUGGGAAAGCGCGUGCUCCACCUCGGCCGUCAAGGGGCCGGGUUGAAGGGGAAGUUAGCGAACAACUACCUCCUUGCGUUGAACAAUCUCGCGACUGCCGAAGCCAUGAACAUGGGCGUCCAGUGGGGAUUGGAGCCGAAGGCGUUGGCGAACAUGAUCAAUCUUUCCACCGGCAAGUGCUGGCCGAGUGAGGUGAACAAUCCGGUUCCCGGAGUGGUUGAAGCCGCGCCAUCCAGUCGAGGCUAUGAGGGCGGAUUUGGAGUUGGGUUAGCCAACAAGGACCUGAAAUUAGCGUUGAAAGAUGCCCAUGAAGCCGGAGUCAAGAUCGUGCUGGGCGAUGUCGCAAAGCAACUCUAUGACGCUGUUGAGAAGGAUGAGAAGUGCAAAGGCAGGGAUUUCUCGGUCGUUUAUAGGUAUCUCGGCGGAAAGGAAUAAGCUGUAUAGCACAAAAAUGAAUGUACUCUUUUCCAGCAGCAUUCUUCUGUUAAUAUUAGAAGCAAAUCAGG